AUGUCUUUUAUUUUUUUACUCAUUCUUAUACAUCUACAAAAUGUUCUUACUCUUUUUUGUAUUAAAAAUAGUUCACUUGAAAUUCUACGAAAUGAUUUUCUAUUAAAUAAUGGUUCAUUUACAUUGAGAAAACUUCGUAACAAAACAAUUUAUUCAUAUGAAAAAAAUGCGAUAUGUCAUGUUAAAAUUUGUAUUGACUAUAGUGAAAUAAAUGGUAAUAUAUCCAUUGAAUUUGGUGAAAUUAAUAAUCAUACAGGUAAUUAUAUUGGUUUGGAAAUAUGGUUUCCAUUAAUUAAAAAAUACAAUUCAAUUCUUAGUUGUAUUGAUUAUAUAUGUUCAGCAGAGAAUUUAUGUGAUCAAAUUUUUGUCGAGAAAUGGAUCGUUUGGUUAGCUAAUAGAAAUCAUGAAAUUUUACAAAAUAAUCUUAUUAAUAUUUUAACAUUUGGAAAUCAAUCAGGUACAUGUGAUAUUAUAGGAAAACCUAUAAUAUGUUCAAGUCGAGUAUGUGUCGCAGAAUAUAUUGAAAAUUCUAAUAAUACUGUUUUUGGAAAUGGUUGUUCAGAAGAAUCUUCUCUCAUGCAUAUUGAAGUAUAUAUGAAAAUACAAAGUAUUGAACUUCGAUCGAUUCAAUAUAAAGAACUUUUAUAUUUUUGUACAUCUCAUAAUUGUAAUGAUGAAUUAACAUUUAAACAUGUUUGGAAGGAAACUUCAACUUUAUUUAAUCUUUUCAAACCUAUUCUUAAUUGGUUACGUCUUAGAAAUAGAACUAACUUCUCAUCCACUUCUACAUCUACAAAUCAACCAAAGAAAAUAGAAUCUCAAUUAAAUAUUAAUAAAUAUUCAUCUAGAACUUUAUUUUGGUUAUUUUUUCUAUUUUUUAUGAUUUUAAUUGGAAUUACCAGUGGUUUUUAUUGUUUUUAUUAUGAAAAAUGGCAAGGUUAUAUAGCAACACGAACAACUCUAUAA